GGGGGGCUCAGAGCGGCGGGCGGGCGGGCCAUGGCGGGGGUGGGUGCUGCGCCCUCCGGCCGCGCCGGCCCCGGGGGGCUGCACCCGCUCCGCGCCACCGUCCCCUUCCAACUGCAGCAGCGCCGCGGAGACGGGGCCCGCGCAGCCAGUGUUCCCUGUGCCAUGGCCCUGGAGCAGCCGGGCCGUUCCCGCCGGACCUGCUCCCUGGACCCCCUCCUGGGCUCGUACCUGCUGGGCCAGUGGCCCCGGGACAGGGACACCCCCCCCUGCACCAGGGACAAAGCCACCCAGCCCUGUGAGUGUCCUGAGCCCUGUUUCUCGCCCCAGACCCCGCAGUGGUGGCCCGAGGCGGCGGCAGGGCCGGGCAGUGCCAGGGGCGGCUCCGAGCACCGGCGGGAGAUUGCCAAGCUGAAGCAGCAGCUCCAGCGCACGAAGCUCAGCGGCAGGAAUGGGAAGGAGAGGGAGAAGAGCUGCCCAUUCCCAGGGGAUCACAUGCUCCGUGGAUCACUCCAGGACUCUCCCUCGGGCUUCCCUUCUCCACGUCCCAUCCUGAGGCUCAGCCCCUGCCUGCACAGGAGCCUGGAAGGGCUGAACCAGGAGCUGGAGGAGGUGUUUGUGAGGGAACAGGGGGAUGAGGAGCUGCUGAGGAUCCUGGAUGUCCCAGACGGGCACAGGGCGCCGGCGCCCGCCCAGCCAGACCCCCUGGACACCCCCCUGGACACCCCCCUGGCCCUGGAGCCGGGAAGUGGCAGCUGGAACAGCCUCUCCCUGUCCCCCUCCCCAUCCCUGCAGAGCCCAGGAAGGCCCUCGGAGGCACAGCUGGAGCCAAAGGAGAAAGCUGCUCCAGCCCAUCCCAGCCUUUCCAGCCUUCCUGCCCGGACAAGAACAAGGUUCACUUCAGCCCCUCGGGCUCCGCCUUCUGCCCCGUCCGCCUGGUGCAGCCGCUCUUCCCGAACGUGGGAUUCCUCUUCCGGGGCUUCCCGGCUGCCCCCGGCCCUGGCACAGGCCCCUUCCCCCCCUGCCAGCCCUUCCCAGCUGCCCCCGGCCCUGGCACGGGCCCCUUCCCCCCCUGCCAGCCCUUCCCAGCUCCCCCUGGCCCUGGCACGGGCCCCUUCCCCCCCUGCCAGCCCCCCCCGGCUCCCGCCCGGAAUUGCGAGCCCUGGAAGCGCGGCCAGGCCGAGGAGGGCGUCGUGUUCCAGAGCUCCCUCGUGGUGUGAAUCCCUUGGGAGGGGCGGCACCGGCACCUCCGGCUCCUCGGUGCCUUGGAGGGGGGAUGUGGCAGCCCCUGGAUCGGGAAUUGGGGUGGAAUUCCCCCCAGGAUGGCAGAGACUGGGAAGGACAACGUGCCGUGGAUCCCUCGUGCCGGGGGGGGCUCGUUCCUGGAGCCUCCCCAAUCCAAAGCACUUUCCCGGGGUGGAUUGUCCUUGUUCCCUGGGGGAAGAGCAGAGGCAAAUCCCUGCUCCUCUGGGAAUGAGGGGGAGCUGGGAAGACUCAGGUGGGGCUUCCCAGCACCUCCUGUCCCUGCUGGGACUGGGGAGAAGGGGCUGGAGCAGCCCUUGGAAGUGCCAGGCUGGAAUUGUCCCUGCACAGCUCCGGUCCCUCAGGGAGGGCGGGAGAGCAGCAGAUUCCUGGCUGUGCCUCCCCUUCCCUGCUCCAAACCUGGAGCCUCCGUGGAUCUCCUGGACUUUGUGUGGCUGAGGGUGACCUUGAGCUGCUCUCCCUGCUUUCCCUGCCCUUCCAGGAGCCUGGUGCUGCAGGGAGAGGGCGUGGAAGUGGGAUCUGGCAGCACACACAGAUCCUGCUGCUUCCCAAAGAAACUUCCUGAGCCGAGAACCCGGAUGGGGCUGGGGGUGGAGGGAGGUCCAGGACCCUCAGCCUCAUCCAGGGGGAUCCAGGACUCUUGGCCUUAUCCAGGGGGGUUCUGGGACCCUCAGCCCCAUUUGAGGGGAUUCCAGAACCUUUGGCCUCAUCCAGGGGGAUCCAGAACCCUCGGCCUUGUCCAGAGGGAUCUGGGACCCUCAGCCUCGUCCAGGAGAGAUCUGGGAC